AUGACGGAUCAACAGACGCCUUCUACCAAUACAACGACGUCGUCUUCAUCAUCGAAUUCUCUUCUUUCCAACACCUCAUCAUCAUUAAAAAUGAUGAAAAAACAGCAAAGAGCGAAGAGUUGUGCGACACCAAACUCGGGCAGAAAAUCGCCUCGUCUUGAAGUGAAAGCAAUGACAAUAUCAUCGUCGCCGACGGCGCAACGAUUCAUUUUUCAACAACAGGCUUCAUUUCAAAUAGUUGAAGAUUUCAAGGAUUUGAAGUUAUUAGAAGAGAAGGAGAAACAACGGAAAAAGGAGAAAGCACCGGAUGUUGGAAGAAGGACGCUGAUUGUUAUUGGGGCAUGCCCACAGAAUGAACGAAUCGUUGUCCAUCCUCAUACUCUAUUCGUCCACUCCUACAAAGUUCCAACAUUCUGUGAUUUCUGUGGAGAACUUCUAUUCGGUCUCGUCAAACAAGGACUCAAAUGUUUCGGGUGUGGACUCAACUACCAUAAAAGAUGUGCAUCGAAAAUACCGAAUAACUGUAAUGGAUCGAAACAAAGACGACCUUCGGCCAUUCCAUUGUCACCAUCGAAUUCAAAUAUUUUGAAUUUGAAUGAGAGAAGGCAAUCUCGCCGUGAUUCUUGUCUCGAAGCACUCGACGCCGCCCGUCCUUCAUCGACUCUUGGUGGGGCAGCCACUCCGAAUAUAUUCAUAACUUCAGAUGAUUGUGGAGACCCCGUCGGUGGAAAUUUUCUCCAAAUGCCUCGAAAAGAUCGUUCUUGCUCGUGGAGUGGUCGGCCACUUUGGAUGGAAAUUGCAGAGGCGACGAGGGUUAAGGUGCCCCAUACAUUCCAAGUUCAUAGCUACAAACUACCGACGGUCUGCCAGCAUUGUAAGAAGUUACUCAAAGGAUUAUUGAGGCAAGGAAUGCAGUGUAGAGAUUGCAAGUACAAUUGUCACAAAAAGUGUUCGGAACACGUGGCAAAAGACUGUUCUGGAAACACGAAGGCAUCUCAAUUCUUCUUGGGAACAGCUGACGACGGUACGAGUUUGUCGGGAAGUAUGGAUAAUCUGCGAAUGUGCAGUGUACCAUUCGGUUCGGAUCAGUCAACAUCGGGUGUCUCAGAGGGCCAUGACGACGAUUUGUCGCUUAGAAGUGGAAGUGGAGGACACAAAAAAGCACAGAAUACGCCGAGUGCUCCACUUCAGGGAUCCGAGGGAACGGGAUCACCAGGAGCCGUCGUCUCCUUUGCCAGUGCUCUUUCGAAUGUUCCAGAUGAUGACGUCAUCAGUUCAGAAUCAGCGAAUAUACCUUUGAUGAGAGUUGUCAUGUCGAAGAAGCAGACGAAGAGGAAAAAUAAUAAAUUGCUGAAAGAAGGAUGGAUUGUUCAUUAUACGGAUCAACAGAAUAUGCGCAAAAAACACUAUUGGCGACUGGAUACGAAAGGAAUCACAAUGUAUCAAGAUGAGAAUUCGACGAGAUAUUAUAAGGAGAUUCCAUUGAACGAAAUUCUCGGAGUGAUGACGUCACCGCCUGAAAAAGUGUCAGAAUAUUUAUUCGAAAUUCGAACUGGAGUAUGCAUUUAUUUCAUUUGUGAGUUGAUUUUUUUCAUUAGUUUUUGA